GCACUGUGUCAUCCCAUGUGGCAGUGGGCUAGGACUGCUCUCAUUAGAGCCUUCUUUGCAAUCUUAUGGAUACGUGCAAGCUUUAUUGUCAACAUGUCUGAUUCUGAUACUUCAUCCAACUAUUGCUAUGUUCGAUCUAUUCCAUCCAUUCCCUCAUCAGAUAUUACCCUACCAUCAAUUUCCAAAGCCCCCUUUAUACCAUUAAAUCUGAAUACAUCCUGUUCUAUAGUAGACACAUUAGAUCCAUAUGUGUUAGCUAGAAUUAUUACUGAUUUCAAAAUGUCCAAAUAUUCUGAUAUUAGAUUCAUAGCAGAGGGGGAGGAGCUCUUUAUGGAAUUCAAUGGAAUAAAACAGAGAAGUAUUAGAUUCAGUGAAGAGAGCAUUAUGUUCAGAGCAAAGGAAGAAGUCGGGAACAAUACAAGAAGAAAGUUGGAUGAGGAUGUGAGG